CUCGAGCCGAUUCGAUCGACGAUUCACCGUGUGUGGUGUGGCGUGGCGUGUGUGGUGCGUGACGAUCGUCGGAUUCACACUUUUCCCUCCUGUGUCGUGCUCGCCCUCUGUUCUGAUUUUGUGACUCUAGUUUUUUUCUUCUUUCUGAACUUUUUGGUGAACGUUUCCGUUUACGACGACCGCGGGACCUUUUGGUUGCGGCCAUCAGUGCCAAUUUUCUCGCAGGGGGUUUCUUUCCCACCACCCUCUGGCCUGGCACGUGCGCGGUUUUAAGCAAUCAACCUCCUGCGUGAUACUUUCGAAUAUCCGCGACGACGAUCGCGAAUUCUCCGCCAUUCCGACCAAGAGUGGACCCAAAAUGUCAAACACUGAGUGUGAAAGUGUGAGUUGUGCAUAACUUUGGAGCAGGUUCUGCGGCGGGUCCUGAAGUUGAAGUGCGCUGAAGUGUGUUGUGGCAGACAGACCACUUUCGGUCGAAAAUCUACGAUUUCCCUUCCCGAUUUCAAUUCUUCGAUGUGUCAUCCAAAUGUGUGAAUCGCAGCCAGACCUAGUGUGCAAUUUGGUGUGUGAUACUUCACCCCAAAUAUAGUAACCCAUAGGUAGAAAUCGUUGGGUUUACUUGGCCCGAUUCCAAAAAGUUCGUGUGCAAUAAUAAUAAAAAAUAAUAAUAAUAAUAAUAGCAAUAAUUCGCUUCGAGUACAAGUGUCGAUUGAUUGAAGCCCACCACCAUUCAGAUGUUAACAGUGCAGUGCUAACAAGAAAUUGAGCAGAGUUAUUGUAGAAAAAAAAACAACCCAAUCGAAACCCAUUCAUCAUCAUUGUGGAAUCAGCAAAUUUUUACAUCCAGUGGGGUAUUUUGUUGAUGAUGCUGUUAUUUGUGUCGUGAUUGGCACAAUCCACGACUUUGCAAGUGUGGAUAAAGCCCGCGUGAUCUUCGCUGAUCGUUGUUGGGAGUCUCGAGCGAGCGAAUAAAUAAAAAGUGGGAUUUUUUUCUUCUCGAUUGAUCUAACCACACAGUUGACUUGACCUUCGUGAGGCGCGGGGGUGGGGGAAAAUCCAGAGAAAAACCCAGCCUCAAGGGACGGGUCGGCCAAAAUGGAUCCGAUCUGUGAUGCCAGCAGUAGUCGUUUAAGUCUUCUCGAAGAUCAUAACAAAAGUGUCGAUUCAUACAAUGUCUCCAGCUUGGGCCAUUCCGGUGUAGAUGCCACUAUAUAGUAGUUUCAGGCAUGUUGUGUUGUUGAAGUGAAAUUUUUGCGCAUGAUUGAUAAAAAUAAAUAUUCAUAGCCAUCAGUUUGAUGUCCCCACUGAGUGAUGUAUUUGAUGCGUGUUUUGAUUCAAAUGGGUUGCAGUGUUGCUUAGCGGAAAGCAAGAAGAAAGAAACCAAUUGGGAAUACGCUAAAAAGGAAGAAAAAAUAGUCACAAAGUGCACGUGAAGGCACCCAUCGAUUCAGGCGACGAGGUGUGUCUUGGGUGAGGGAUUCCGAAGAUUACCAAUAAGUGGCCAUUCCGAUAGUAGUGGUGAGACAGUGAUUUGUGCAAUUGAUCGCGUUAACGCGCCACGCACGGCGAGGCGUCUACCUUUAGUUAGUUAGCUAGUUUCGACAAGUCUGGCCCGUAUCAGCCCGAUGAAAUAAUCAUAGGCCAGACGAGCAGCACCCCAGCCAAUCCGCUCCGAAGCAUAUCGACAAGCUGUCAGAAGUGCAGUAGUUUUGUCUUACUAAAUUAAGUCGGACGACGACGACGACACAGUCAGCGAAUACACAAUGACCAUUUCAUAUUCGGCUGAAGUGCCCAAUGGCAGCAAUUUCGGAUGUUUUUGGCGUAUUCUGUGGAAAUGGCGUGGCAGUGUGUACAAAGCCAUCUGGCGUGAGCUUUUAGCAUAUUUGUGUGUAUAUUACACACUUAAUCUCACAUACCGAUACGGUCUCGGUGAAGAAGGCAGACGAGUAUUCGAACGGAUACGAAACUACUGCGGCCAGCAGCGUGAAAAUGUGCCACUCUCGUUCGUGCUCGGUUUCUACGUUAGCUUGGUGGUCAAGCGAUGGUGGGAACAGUACCGACUGCUUCCCUGGCCCGAUACGCUGGCUCUGUUCGUUAGCGCCGCCAUCCAGGGGCAUGAUGAAACUGGCAGGUUGAUGCGUCGAAACAUCAUGCGAUACAUGGUGCUCGCCUAUGUGAUCACCCUGCAGAAGAUUUCACUCAGAGUAAAGCGUCGUUUUCCGACCUGGCAGCAUCUGGUCGAUGCAGGUCUGAUGUUGGAGAGCGAACGUAAGAUCUUCGAGAUCAUGGAUGCCAAGAGUCCUAUGUCCAAGUAUUGGAUGCCUCUGGUGUGGGCUACCAACAUCAUAAAUCGAGCUCGAAAAGACGAACUGAUUCCAUCGGAUCACAUUGUGCAGACACUGUUGAUGGAACUGUCUGAUAUCCGUCGACGUUUGGGAGGUCUCAUCGGUUACGAUACGGUGUGUGUACCCUUGGUUUACACACAGGUUGUCACACUGGUGUUGUACUCCUACUUCACGGCAGCCAUCAUGGGCAGUCAGAUGAUUCCGACGUACGAUCCCAAGACCAACUCCUAUCAUGAACUGGACGUGUACUUCCCUCUAUUUACGGCGUUACAGUUUGUGUUCUACGUAGGUUGGUUGAAGGUCGCCGAGGUGUUGAUCAAUCCAUUCGGAGAAGACGAUGACGACAUUGAGUUGAAUUGGCUGAUCGAUCGUCACAUCAAGGCUUCUUACAUGAUUGUCGACGAAAUGCAUGACGAGCAUCCUGAACUGUUGAAAGAUCAGUACUGGGAAGAGGUGGUACCGAAGGAUCUACCUUAUACUGUUGCUUCCGAGCAUUACCGACGAGAGGAACCGAAGGGUUCUGCUGAGCAUUACGUAGUGAAAGAGUCCGAAGCUGUCUACGCCAACAUCGGCGGUGGGAAACGAAAUGCAAAUGAUGAAGUGUACGCAGACUACGAAAGCGUCGAUACACCCAUGGCUGAGAGGCGCAAGGGUUGGUUCAGUAGACAGAUUACACGGAUUUCAAUGCGCAGCUCAUCGACAGCGUAUUCGUCGGGCGGGCUGUUCUCCCGCAAUCGACACAAUUCGGUAUAUUCUAGUCCCGAAGCUGGCAUGACUCAACCGAUCACCGCCGGUGCUCCGAUGCAGAAGAUCAGUUUUUACGAUAAGUUUGUCAACCGAAAGUCCGGUCGACAUCCACGGCAAAUAGUCAAGCAAAGUUCUAAACUAAGCCUCAACGGCUCCGUGAUAUCCAAUGUGCCACCAAAGGCUAGGCCUCGCAUUCCUACCCCCGAUGUGUCCAAAGACGGUAAGGUUCAUCCACUAGCCGGUGCUACCGUCAACUCUGCUCAACUCGAGAGGACGCCAAACAUAGCGUCCGGUGUUGCCCUGAUGGCUACACAGCUGGCGAAUAGUCCGUCCAUCUAUCCGACCACCACGACCCUGGGCAAUAGUGACCUGCCGGUGGUCGGGACGCUGCUGCUGGCUCCGAUCAAGGAGCUGGACUCCAACUCGGUCACCAAUACUCUGCACGCGGGCCAAUCGGCCACAGUUGCCCUGGCCAAGUCGAUUAUGCCGAAAAGUUCCGUUUCCAGCUACGGUAAGGACGGCACCACGACCGGUCUGGAGCUGGCCCUAAGCAACACUUCCUCCCUGAGCCGUUCCGGUGCGGUGCUAGUCCUCCCGGCUAGCAGCGCCGCCGCAACGGACAGCACCGACAGCAACGGUAGCAUCGCUUCCGGCAAGACCGGUAGCGUCGCCCCCGAUGCCAUACCCAUCUCGCUGACCUCGAUCCCGUUGACCUUCACCGUGACACCGGUCACCAGCACAACGACAGCCCACGACGUCAACACGACCGGAACCAUCAUCACCGAGUUGCCAUACGACGAGAACGCCGAAGUGAGCACCGUUACACUGAACAAUGAAAAGCGAAUCUCCGGCUCGGAACCGACUUCAUCGGCCGCGUCCACACUCAGCAAACGGAAGCCGAAACACAGCGAGGUUUAUGUGUGAGCCCACAAAAAAAAACACGGAGGGAGAUUAGCAUUUCCGGGGGACGAUUCGAUUCGGUUGAUGAUACCCCAUUUAGUGCAACCCAACAGUGAUAGAAACAGCAAAACUAACAAAUCUGGUAACAAAUCAGUAUGAAAGUGCAAAUUUCGACGAGAAAGAACUGUGGAAACGCGUUGUGAAUACCAUUAACCUAAAGAAGAACGUUGUUGUUUUUAAACAUAGCAUUUCAUUUUAUUUUACCGCAAUGUGCAGUAUAGGCCUUUUUACAAAUGUGUACAUAAUAAUGAGGGCUGUUUUUAUUUUAAAUAUCACACAGAUAAAUAAAAAAAUAGUAUUGAAGAGAGUCGAAUGCAAAUCCGUCCUGUUUUAGUUGAACAAUAAAUAGCAAAAAUAAAUGAAUCAAUUGAAGAUUUUAA